AACGAACGAGCCGCAUUUCUCAACAACAUGAAACUGGAACCCACACCACCAAAAGACAACUGCCUACUGGUUUACUUCAUAGCAUUGCUUCAUGGUAUAGGCGUGUUGAUGCCAUGGAAUAUGUUCAUCACGAUAGCACCUCAGUACUAUGUUGAAUAUUGGUUCUCACCGAAUAACACGCAAACCGAGUACUCGAAGAACUUUAUGAGCUCGUUGGGAAUAGCAGCACAACUUCCAAAUGUUUUAAUCAAUAUUGUAAAUACAUUUGUAGUCAUCGGAGGUGCCCUUCUGCUCCGAAUAGCUGGCCCGAUAGUAGUUAACUGCAUAAGUGUAUUCGUCACAAUCAUGCUGAUUGUGCUCGUCCUACCUUCUGAAAAUGAUAUGGCUUGGUUCUACGUGGCCACCUUGGUUAUCGUGGCCGUCAUCAACUUUUCCAAUGGUCUUUAUCAAAAUUCGACAUUCGGGUUAUUCGCCGACUUUCCAGCUGCCUACACGAACGCUCUUAUACUUGGAAAUAAUCUUUGUGGCACAUUCACUACAGUACUUUCAAUUCUUGUUACAAUGAUUCUUUCUGAUGUGCGAUCAAUUGCCAUUACUUACUUUUCUAUUUCGCUGUUCAUGCUCUGCUUGUGCGGUUUUUCUUUACUAAUACUUACAAGACAGAGUUUUUAUAAGUACCACGUUGACAAAGGAGUUGCUGCUAGAGUGCAGUCAAACACUACCAAGCCUGGUUUGAGGCAGUUCCGGGAAUGUUUCGGGAAGUUUCCUCCCUCCUUCUCAAAUGUAUAUUUGCAGUGUUGGGUACAACUCUGGAAUGUGUUUUUCAUCUUCUUCGUUACCUUAACCAUCUUUCCGGCAAUGAUGGCUAGCACACCGCUUUAUAGGGAACCAGGCCAGGAAUGGCACUCAAUUUGGCCAGAACGCCUUUAUACUUUCAUUACUACAUUCUUAAUCUUCAACGUCUGCGCCACUGUCGGAUCUACUAUUGCUAACUUCGUUCAAUGGCCUCGACCUCGAUUCCUGUGGAUACCCGUCCUGUUACGAGGUCUCUUCAUCCCAUUCUUUAUGUUCUGCAACUAUAGACCUUUUGACAGGACUCUCCCUGUGAUCUUUAAAUCCGAAUAUAGCUUCCUCUUCGGUGGUAUAUUGAUGGCUCUUACAUCAGGAUACUUUAGUUCCCUUGCAAUGAUGUAUGCUCCUAGGGUCGUGCCGGAAAGAUAUGCGAAGAUUGCUGGAAUGACAGCCGCAUUGUGCUUGAUUUUAGGAAUUUUCUCAGGCGUUUCAUUCACUUUGGUCAUUGCCUAUUUGACGACGUUCUCGUAG